CGAAAUCACAACAAACCCGCCUCUUUUUCCUUCAUCGCUUUCUCUUUCUCUAUCUACACUGCCAUAAUCAGAGUAGAAAAGAGAAUCGGAGAACAAUCUGAUCAAUCUGAUCACGACCCAACUAAGUAUUUCCGAUACCAAACACGAUCUCGCUUCAGUUUUUCCAUCUUCAAGCCUGUUUACAGGUAUGAGCGAGUUCAGAGAAGACUGAAGAAGAGAGUUGCUACUUCAAUUUAGAGGAAAGGAUUUGAGGUGUGGGUUGAACUGUCAUGCUGAAUGUUGCUACUGGUUGGUGGGCUAGGGAUGAAUUCUACAAUGGGUGAUAUGAACUUGAUUCAUCAGUCACAGAGACAUCACCUGGUCGUUAGGGAGCUUGGAGAAGAGAUUGAUUUAGAAAUUGGUCCUGGUGAUGAUGACCCAACAUUUGCAACCACUCCCCUUAUCGGUGGCCUGCCGCGAGAGCCUUCAGCUGAAGAGCAUGAUGAUAGCAAACAGAUGGUGAUGGUUUCCGAACUUGUCAGUGAAGAUCAAGAUUUGUCAAAGAUGCAAACUGUGAAAAGGAAGAAGAAGGUGGUUAAAAGAUGGAGAGAGGAAUGGGCUGACACGUACAAGUGGGCAUAUGUUGAUGUGAAGGAAGGGACAGCAAGGAUAUUCUGCUCUGUUUGUAAGGAAUAUGGUAGGAAGCAUAGAAGAAAUCCUUAUGGCAAUGAAGGUAGUAGGAAUAUGCAGAUGAGUGCACUGGAAGAACACAACAAUAGUUUGCUACACAAAGAGGCCCUUCGUCUCCAAAUGGCUUCCAAAGACAAGAUUAUUGUUGACAAACCCAUUUAUGUAAAAGCUCUUAUGUCAAAAACGGCUGGAUCAAUUGUUGAAGCUGCACUGAAGAGGGAUCCUCAUGAGGUUGAGUUCAUACAGUAUUCACAAGAAGUAGUUAAUGCUUUAGAAAGAGUGAUUGCCAAAAAUUCUAAUUAUGUCAACAUGAUGGAGCGCUUGCUUGAACCUGAGCGUACGAUUCUUUUCCGAGUUCCUUGGGUGGAUGAUCGGGGUGAGGCACAUGUCAAUCGAGGCUUUCGUGUUCAAUUUAACCAGACUCUGGGACCUUGUAGGGGGGGUCUUUGCUUUCAUCCAUCAAUGAACUUAAGCAUUGCAAAGUUUAUGGGUUUCCAACAGACAUUAAAAUGUGCCUUAUCUCCGUAUAAGCUUGGAGGCGCUGCUGGUGGUAGUGAUUUUGAUCCCAAAGGAAAAAGUGACAGUGAGAUCAUGCGCUUUUGUCAGAGUUUUAUGGAUGAGCUAUAUCGUUAUUUGGGUCCUGAUAAGGAUCUUCCUUCGGAGGAGGUUGGUGUGGGUGCUCGUGAAAUGGGUUAUAUGUUUGGACAAUAUCGGCGACUAGCCAGUCAUGUUCAGGGAAGUUUUACAGGGCCAAGGAUAAUCUGGUCUGGCUCUAGCCUACGAACUGAAGCUACUGGCUAUGGGCUGGUUUUCUUUGCACAACUUGUUCUUGCAGACAUGAAUAAAGAACUUAAAGGACUAAGAUGCGUUGUUAGUGGUUCUGGAAAGAUUGCAAUGCAUGUUAUAGAGAAGCUUCUUGCUUUUGGUGCUAUUCCCAUCACAGUAUCAGAUUCCAAGGGUUAUUUGGUGGAUGAGGAUGGAUUUGAUUACUUGAAAAUAGCUUUUUUGAGAGAUAUUAAAGCUCAACAAAGAACUUUGAGAGACUAUUCAAAGACUUAUGCUCGUUCUAAGUACUAUGAUGAAGCAAAACCUUGGACAGAAAGGUGUGAUGUUGCAUUUCCUUGUGCUUCGCAAAAUGAAAUUGAUCAGUCUGAUGCCAUUAAUUUAGUUAAUUCAGGUUGUCGGAUACUAGUAGAAGGUUCCAAUAUGCCCUGUACGCCUGAAGCAGUUGAUGUUCUAAGAAAAGCUGACGUCCUCAUUGCUCCUGCUAUUGCUGCUGGUGCUGGAGGGGUUGCUGCUGGAGAACUUGAACUGAUUAACUGGUCCCCUGAAGAAUUUGAAUCUAAAUUGCAGGAAGCAGUGAAGCAGACAUAUCAGAGAACUCUCAAAGCCGGGACUGAUUUUGGUUAUCAAAAAGAGAGCCCCGAUUACUGUCCAAAUAGGUAGAGACAGUAGGUUGGAUUUGGGGGUUAAGUCAUAUCUUGCAUGGAGGGUCAAGAUUAUAGAAAUUCGGGUAAGUUACACUGACGGACCCUGAGGAUUAACAAAAUUACAGAGACCUCCCCUCUACUUUGGUUGUCGGUUUCAUGUUCUCCCUUCUGUCAAUUUUUAUGCCACUGAGAGGAAUGGAAAUCACUGACAAAGCAUUAAAUUUUUUUAAGAUCUCCAUUGUUCCCUUUUAUAAUUUCUAUACUUUAAUACCUUCCUUAAGAUCCAUAUAGUUAAAACAUGAAAGCCUGGUUCGUGCAUUUUUCUCGCUCUGAUAAUUGUGCUUCCUAAGAGAAAAAGAAAUGCAAAACACUAGUGGUUUCUGUCUCCAGGGGUUGGCUGAUUUUCAUUUCUUCUAGAAUUUAUGUAAGUAGCAUGGCUUUAGUAACCACUUCUUUGACAUGCAGGAAAAAAAGGUAGAAGUUUAGAUCAGUCAUCAAAAAGAAAGACGUAGAAGUUGACAUAAUAUUGCAUGAGAAA